AUGUAUCCGUCAGUCUCUCGCACAUUCAAACAAUUCGACUCCUCUUCCUUCGCAGCCAGCAGCAACAUCUGGGAUCCGCCAACCGCUUUCUCUAAUCUAGCUCCGAGGGUUGAAACAUCUCGAUCAUACCGGAAAUUUGCGAAACCAGUUUCUCGCUCUGAAGCAUUUGUUCGCCCGUCCUUGCCUGCUAGCGGUUACAUCGAUUCGUAUGGCAAGGAUGCCUCCUCCAAAAGACGAAAGAGAGGUCCAUCGGAACUCAACGAUAACCUUGCUGAUGAUAACUACAUUCCUUCCAUAAAAUCUGCCAUCAAUGGAGGGACCAUGCCAUCCGCCGGUUUGAAAGCAGGUCUGAAACGGGAGCUUAUUGACGAUGAUGAAGAUUCCGACGGUGAAGGUAUAAUGAAGGAUUCCUACCUGUCGGAGACCCAAUACCGUAGAACUUGUGGCACUUCAACACAUGAAUCGGAUGACCGAGGUGGAAAACGGCGCUUAUUAAACGUUGUCGGCUCGGUGGUUGGUAGUAUUUGGGAAUUCUGCACCUCUCAAAUGCAAAACUCUCUGGCUGGAAUCAUUCCUAAGAUCGGAUGGUCUACCGCCGCUGCUGAAUACUACGAUACCCCCUUCAACGCUCCGCCCGGUUUAUUUGACGGCGACGAAACGAUCUGCCAAAGCACGGUUGGUUUUGUCAAGCCGACUCUGCCAGGGGUCUAUGUUCCUCCCCUAACAACAACAUUCAAAAAACCAACCCUGCAGUCCCUCAUCCCGCCAAGUCCCGUCAGAGAAGAAGAUAACUUCAGCGCUCGAAGCCCCGAUUUUUCCUACUUGGAUGAAGAUUUAUCACGAUCGCGUACGGUGGGCAUGGAAUCGCCAAUGUCCGCUUCUUGGAUCUUAGUCAAACCCGAAUCGAACUCAAGAGCAUCUUCCCCAGCUCCGCCAAAAAGUCCCACCGCCGGUGCGAGUGCAGCAAGCAUGAGACGACACGGCUCGAACUCUGGCUCUCGCCCCAGCACCCCCAUCUUCUCCACUCCGCCAGCGAACACUCUAGGCCGUAGAACGUCCUAUUCUCGUCAGGUUCCAUCGAGGAAGAUGAGAGGUGUAGCCUCCCGACCAGCUGUAUUCCCUAGUGGUACUCGCAGCGGAUAUCUCAGCAGGAGCUCGAGCAUUUCUUCACCAAACACCCCUGUUAUCGGCAUGUCACAAUCACAAUCACAAUCAUCGUACCCCUCUUCUUUCAACUCAUCACAGCCUUCAUUCGCCAGCUUUAGCAGGGGCAGCAUGGCUAGCUCUGUGACUUCAGUUGGUAGCAGUUUGCCCACGUCGCCGGAUCGAGCGGGCGCCAGCGCUGCUGGGCAGAGAGCUAGGGGUGUGUCCGUCAGCGGGGCUACACCAGCGAAGAAGAGGAUGGAAAUGGACGAAGAAGACGAGAUGGCACAAAUGGAUUUCUUCAGCAAACAGCUGAGAGCUUUGAUCCGUGAAGGAAAGGAGGCUUUGGGCAGUAAAGUGGAAGUCUACGAAUGCGAUGAGCAAGACUGGAUGUAA